AUGGAUUCCCCUCGCUCUCUUUUCUUCGCCCGUCACGUGCCAAAGAAUAUACUUUUGCUCUUUCUCAGUUUGAUAUCCCUUCCGAUCACUGCUUUGUUGAUCUUCUACUCUGUUCUUUUCGGCCCAAGUUCUAAAAAUGGAACUUCCAAGACACCAAGGGUUGAUGGGUACCCUCGCAAGACUAUUUUGGUUACCGGGGUCUCCAUGACCAAGGGCCUGACCAUUACCCGACUCCUCGCCCAACACACUUCACACCACAUCAUAGCCGCUGAUACAGAGCUCUUAUACUUCACAUCACCGGGUCGGUACUCUCGCUCCAUCGCCAAGUUUCAUCGUUUAGAUUCGCCACAAAAUGGAAAUCCAGUUCCAUAUAUCAAGUCCUUGUUGCAAGUUCUCAAAUCUGAAAGAGUAGAUCUUUGGAUUAGCUGCAGCAGCGUCAUUGGCGCAGUUGAAGAUGGGCAAGUGAUGAAGACAGCCCAGAAAACAUUAGGAGACACGUUCAAGGUCAUCCAAUUCGAUGAUGAGGCUGUGGCCAAACUGCAUGAAAAGGAUGCGCUCACGGACUAUAUUCGCAGCCUUGGAUUGGUCGUGCCAGAAUCCCAUCGGUGCACAUCUGUUCCGCAGGUCGAAAAUAUACUGCAUGACACCUCAAAGCAAAACGAGAUUUCAAACGAUUCAAAGAGGUUCAUUCUGAAGCCGAUCGGGGUGGAUGAUAAAGCGAGGGCCCAAAUGAUGACGCUGCUGCCUUUCGCUCAAGAUCAAGAACUCGACACCGCGUCUUACCUGUCUUCAUUGAAUAUCUCGCCAUCAAACCCAUUCAUCUUACAGCAGUUUAUCACCGGCCCCGAGUAUUGCACACACUCUUUGGUCAUCCAAGGCAAAGUGAAAGCAUUCGUUUCAUGUCCUUCUUCUGAUAUGCUCAUGCAUUACGAAGCGCUCCCAGAAGACUCGGUUCUCAACCAAACGAUGUUGGAGUUUACGCAAAAGGUCGCUGAAAAUGAAGGAGAGAGUUUCAGCGGCCACCUCAGUUUUGAUUUCAUCGCUGAAGGCGAGGGUACAGAUUUGAAAAUAUAUCCAAUUGAGUGCAACCCCCGCGCACAUACAGCGGUGGUAUUGUUUCGAGAGACGGAGAAGAUGGCUGAUGCAUAUCUUUCUUGCUUUGAUUUAUCUGCCUCCACCCAGUCCGUCAUUGUACCCAAGAAGCCUACUUACGGCUUCUACUGGAUUGGGCAUGAUGUAGUUACUCUUCUUCUUGUUCCCCUUUUGGCGUUGCUUUGUGGAAAAGGUAAAUUCGAAGAUGCGACAAAAAACGCCAAGACAUUCUGGCAUCAUUUAACAUGUUGGAAGGAUGGCACCUUUGAGAUUUGGGACCCAUGGCCUUUCUUCGUGCUUUAUCAUGUUUAUUGGCCGGUUCGAUUCUGUGAUAGUCUGGUCAAGGGACAGAGCUGGAGUCGAAUCAAUGUCAGCACAACCAAGAUGUUUGAAAGCUGA